AUGGCGGUGCAAAAUCAUCACGCCACUGGAAGGGGAUCUCUUUUCCGCGUUGUGCCAGUCACACUCCAUGGGAAGAAAAAUUCGAUUACUACUUUCGCGUUCCUAGACGAUGGCUCGUCGAUAACGCUGAUUGAUGAAUCUAUUGCUGAUUCUCUCGGUGUGAAUGGCAAAUCUGAAAGCUUGUGUCUGUCCUGGACGGGAAACGUGACUCGGUCGGAAGAACAUUCUAAGCGAGUGAGGUUAGAUAUUUCCGGUAUCUCCCAAGAGAAGAAGUUUGUACUUUCUGAUGUCCGCACGGUUAAGGAUCUGGGAUUGCCGACACAGACUCUCCGCUAUGACGAAUUGGUGAAGCUCUACCCAUACUUGGCAGGUCUGCUUAUUCCGGAUUACCGGGAUGCCGUUCCAAAGAUUUUGAUUGGUAACGACAAUGCGCAUUUGAGUGUUACUUUGAAGAGGCGUGAACGACAGGUGGAUGAACCCAUAGCUACCAAAACGAGAUUGGGAUGGGCGAUCCAUGGGCCAAUAUUGACGAUGGGGAACGAACGGUGUUUCAACAUGCACCUGUGCAAAUGUGUAAGAGAAGAGGACGAUUUACAUGAACUAGUAAAACAGUAUUUUUCGUUGGAAAAUAUGGGAGUUUCUAUACCACAAAGCAUCGAUACCGAAGAGAAUCAACGGGCAAAGCAGAUUUUGCAAUCAACCACUCAGCGUGUUGGCUUUCGAUUUGAAAUUGGAUUAUUGUGGAAAUUUGACGAGUUCGAGUUUCCCGACAGUUACUUCAUGGCCGUACGGCGGCUAGAAUGUCUCGAAAGGCGUAUCAAGGCGGAUGCCGAUAUAGGUGGUAGUGUACUCCGACAGAUAGAGGAAUAUAAAGGAAAAGGAUAUAUACAAAAGGCUACGGAAGAAGAGCUUGCCGCAUCCGAUCCGCGAAAAGUCUGGUAUUUACCAUUGGGUGUCACCACGAACCCCAAGAAGCCAGGAAAAAUACGUAUUUUCUGCGAUGCUGCUGCGAAAGUUGAUGGUGUGAGUUUGAACACGAUGCUGAUUAAGGGACCGGACCUGCUCGUACCGUUGAAGGGAGUACUCACUGGAUUUCGUGAAAAAAGAAUAGCUAUCUGUGCCGACGUGAAAGAAAUGUUUCACCAGAUGCUCGUGCGAAACGAGGAUCGAAAUGCCCAACGCAUAUUGCUGAGAGAUGACCCUAAUCAGAAUCCUCAAGUGUACUUCAUGAAUGUAGCCACGUUCGGGUCCGCGAGCUCGCCCUGUUCGGCGCAAUUCGUUAAGAAUUUGAAUGCUACUGAAUAUGCAGAUCGAUAUCCUGAAGCAGCCGACGCGAUCAUACGUAAGCACUACGUCGAUGAUUAUCUGGACAGCGUGGAUACUGAAGAGGAGGCCAUUCGUAGGGCGAGGGAAGUUACUUUCGUGCACUCUAGAGGUGGUUUUGUCAUUCGUGGAUGGAUGUCUAACUCGGAAAAGGUUUUGAGUAAGCUAGGCGAGACGAAGACAGCAGAAGUUAAAGAGUUCUUGACGGGAACUGGCCUAUGUUCGGAGCGCGUGCUUGGCGUGCUUUGGAUACCACAGGAAGACGCAUUUACGUACGCGUCCAAUUUUACCAAGAGAGAGCUGCUAAGAACGGUGAUGAGUCUAUAUGACCCUCUAGGAUUUCUUUCUCAGUUUACGAUUCACGGGAAGAUCCUUAUCCAGGAUGUUUGGCGAAGCAAGACAGACUGGGAUGAAAAAAUUUCGAUCGAGUUGAAACCACGGUGCGACCGGUGGGUUGAACUUUUUCCUUCGCUUGAGACGGUACGAGUUUCGCGCUGUUACUUUCCAGAACAGCCUUUAUCGGCAGUCGAGAAUAUACAACUACAUGUAUUCGUUGAUGCAAGCUUGGUUGCGUUUGCCUGCGUAGCCUAUCUGCGGCCCGAAGUAGCGGGACAACUGCAGUGUACAUUAAUAUGCGCGAAGGCGAAGGUAGCCCCACUCAAAUUGACGUCGGUACCGCGACUGGAACUUCAAGCAGCACUGCUAGGAGCGCGAGUAAUGGAGGACAUCUGUAACACUCAUACUCUACCAAUCGCGAAGAGGUAUAUGUGGACUGAUUCGAAAACCGUUAUGGGCUGGAUCAAUUCUGAUCAACGCAGAUAUACGCAAUACGUCGCUUUCCGUAUCGGGGAGAUCUUGGAGAAAACGAGUAGAGCUGAAUGGCAUUGGCUUCCGUCGGAUUUGAACGCUUCAGACGAUGCUACGAAGUGGAAGGGGCAACCCGAUUUGAAUCCAAACGGCCGUUGGUUUGGAGAACCUGAGCUCUUGCAUAUGGAUGAGGCGUACUGGCCGUCAUCUCAGGGUGUAAACUACGAUACGAUCGAGGAGCAGCGCCCUAACCUGGUAAUCGAGCACGAAGUGAAUCGUUCGGUGUUCGACUGGGAGAGGUUUUCGAAAUGGCAACGUCUCACCAGAGCUAUCGGAUAUGUCGGUCGAUUCCUUGGGAAUCUGAAAGCGAAGAUACGGCGGGUUCCUGCUACACACGGACCACUAUCGAGAGAAGAAUUGGAAAUGGCGGAAACGUGGAUAUUUCGUGCCAUCCAGAAAGAGGUUUACUUGAAGGAAGUGGUCUUACUUUCGAAGCUUGACAUUGUGAAAAAGGGUGUUAAAUUAGGCGGUGGCAGUAAACUCUACAGACUCUCUCCGUUCCUGGACGAAAAGGGAAUUAUGCGCAUGGAAAGCCGAAUAAGCUUGGCGGCGUUUGCGUCGUACGGUACUAGGAACCCUAUCAUACUUCCUCGGAAUCACCAUGUUACAACCCUCAUCGUCAUGUGGUAUCAUCAUAAAUUCCUGCAUGGGAGCAGAGAAACGGUCAUCAACGAAUUGAGGCAACGCUUCCAUGUCUCUUACCUGCGCACCGUAGUUCGCAGUGUAACCGGAAAGUGUGCUGAAUGUAAAAUCCGUAAUGCUGUCCCCAGGGUACCCCGGAUGAGCCCGCUGCCGAGAGCCAGACUUGGAGCCUUCUUCCGACCAUUUUCGUUCACGGGUCUGGACUAUUUUGGUCCCAUAACCAUUCGAGUGGGCCGAUGCAAUGUGAAACGUUGGGUAGCGUUAUUCACGUGCCUAUCUAUCCGCGCAGUGCACUUAGAAGUCGUGCAUUCAUUGUCAACGGAAUCCUGCAAGAUGGCGAUUCGCCGGUUCGUGGCCAGACGAGGCUCUCCUUCCGAGAUCUAUAGCGAUGAUGCGACGAACUUCGUGGGUGCAAGCAACGAACUCCGAGACGAAAUCAAAGUCAUGAACGCAUCCUUAGCCGAGACUUUCACGAAUGCUACUACGAAAUGGAUGUUUGUUCCACCGUCUACUCCGCACAUGGGCGGCGCCUGGGAAAGGAUGGUGCGCUCCGUCAAAUCGGCUUUCUACGCAAUGUCAACUACGAAGCUCCCUACGGAAGAGAUAUUCGGUACAGUACUGGUAGAGGCGGAAGGUAUCGUUAACUCUAGGCCUCUAACGUUUCUUCCGUUGGACAAGGCUAAUCAGGAAGCCCUAACUCCCAACCACUUCCUUCUUAGUAGUUCCAGCGGGGUGGCACAGCCGCCGAGGAGACUGGUUGAGUCGGAUAGCGUAUGUCGGAGUGAUUGGGAUCGAAGUCGCCGUUUGGUGGACCUGUUUUGGGGUCGCUGGAUACGCGAGUAUCUGCCCGUUAUUGCCAAAAGGACGAAAUGGUUCGGAGAGGUGAAGCCGGUUAAGAAAGGUGACUUAGUAAUCAUCGUUGACGACGGACGCCGCAACGGGUGGACACGUGGAAAGAUUCUGGAGGUCCAACGAGGACACGAUGGGCGCGUGCGUCAAGCGUGGGUGCAGACUUCGUCUGGCGUUCUUCGAAGACCGGUGGCGAAAUUGGCGGUGCUGGAGGUGAACUCUGGUAAAACUGAUCCUGAGGACCUGGACCAGUGUUACGGCCCGGGGAAUGAUAAUGAUAACGCGAAAUCUAUCAGAAAUACAAAUUGA